CAGGUCUCGACGAGAAUCAAUUAUCCAGAAAUUACGUUUGGUUGUUGAGGUAUUAUGUACACUGAAACUUGACAAUUUAAGUCAAGAUUGAUCCAGCUGCGAACCUUUUAGAACCCGACAACUGCCAAAAAUUUCCGCGGCACGCGUUGGAGAGAUCGGUUUUCUCGCAACCAAGUCGUCCCAUCGCGAAACAUCAGCAAGAUGCAGCGACGAUUUAUCAUUCCCCUGAUGAUUUUGGUGUUAAUCACGGAAGGCGAGGCAUGGAGAAGAAGACGGAGGAGGCGAUGGACACCACCCCCGCCUCAAAACUGCGUUGUCUCCGGAUGGAGCUCAUGGAGCACCUGUUCAGAGCAGUGCCACAUUGGAACGCAAACAAGGACACGUACCGUCACAACUGCUCCUAGCUGGGGAGGCACAUGUUAUGAUCAUUUGUCUGAACAAAGAUCAUGUGGUAUAAUCAAUGGAGGAUGUGAUCAUUAUUGUAACAAUGGGUUCUGCUCUUGUCAAUCCGGCUACACAAAAUCAGGUAGCAAAUGUCAUGACAUUGAUGAGUGUGCACCAAAUAGUGGCAAGGGUCCAUGCAGUCACAUCUGUACAAACCAUGCUGGCUGGUAUAAAUGCAAGUGCCCUUCUGGAUAUUAUCUUACCAGUGAUCACAAAACAUGUCAUGCCUUUGAUUGUAACAGCCCUGCCUCACUUUUCAAUUCAUGCCCACAAGAUUCUUACAGUGACCACAUCUCUUCAGUUUGUCACCAAGUUAACAUUGACUGUUUGCAAGGAACAACUUAUAAUGAACAAUGUUCUUUAACCUGUUCUCAGAACUAUGCACUUGCAAAGAUUUUUACACAGCCAAACAAAAAAUUUGGUGAAGAUUAUUCUAAAGUUGACUUCUCUUCAGUGACUUCCACUCUAACUUGCCAGAAAACGCAAAAAGGGCAGACCUCAAAUGUCUGGGAUGUACUGGAUAGUGAUAUUAGCGAUUACUAUUGCAGACGUACAAAUGAUCCUCCUAGAGACUUACUGCUAAAUGGGACUGUUCUUUUAGAACAUGCACCUAUAAACACCAUUAUUGGAACUUUAAGUUCCCAUGAUGCACAGCCAGGACAGACUUUUAUGUAUACAGUUCAACAACCCAAUGAGCUUCUUGUGGCUCAAGGAGAUAAAUUGAUAAACAUAUGGGACAAUCCAGUUUUAAAUGGGAAUGUGUCUUUAAGCCAAGGCCAUUAUUUAGCAGUAAAAAUAAGAGUGACAGAUGAUGGAAUGCCUCCCAUGUGGCUGGAGAAGACUUUUCAGAUCACAAUACAGAAUGUGAAUGAUCCUCCCAAGCAAGUCACACUGUCAAAUUCUGUUGUCUUUGAGAAUGCAACUAUAGGAAAAGUGAUAGGAGAGCUGACAGCAGUAGAUGGAGAUGACCCACCAAACACUCAUCUCCAUUCAAACUUUAAGUGGGAGUUAAUUAACGAUGCAAGCGGAAAAUUUGGUAUGACUGUGAAUAAGAUUAUAGUUGCCCAGAAUUUGUUACCAGGAUUGAACAAGAUAACUGUUAGAUGUUCAGACUUUGGAAACCCAAUAGAACAAACCACAGAAGAUUUCAUUAUAAAUGUGAUAAAUGUCAAUGAUGUCCCACAAGCUUUAAUGCUGACAAGUUCCACUGUGCAUGAAACAGCUCCUGUAAACACAACUGUGGGUCAACUUGUUGCGAUUGACAAGGAUGGUGAUGACAUCUCCUUUGACGUCAGCCAAUCAGAUGUAAUGACAUUGAAUAAAUUUGACAUAGCUAAUGUCCAGUGUGCAUAUAAUGGGCAAGGAACAGAGAAAGAGUGCAAAGUGAAUGUCACAGUAAAAGCUCCUUUGAAUUAUGAGGAGAAAUCAUGGUACAAGCUGAGCGUCAAAGCUAAUGAUUCUCAAACACAGGUGUUCAAGACUUUCAACAUUGAAAUUAUUGAUGAUAAUGAGGCUCCAACAGCUAUCAAUCUGACAGGGUCACACACUGUGUUGGAAAAUUCUGUCGCUGGGACAGUCAUUGGACAGUUUGUGGUCACUGACCCAGACAAUGCCAAGUCACCAUCACAUCAGUAUCACAAAUGUUUAUUUAGCGUCAGCCAGCCCAUGGAUGAAAGUUAUUUCAUUAUUAGCACGCAACUUGUGUUGAAAGUGAAGGGAGCCCAACAGAUUGAUUAUGAGAACAUGAAAACUCUUUCAUUUACUGUGAUAUGUACUGAUACUGGGCAUCCACCCAAGUCACUGUCAGCUAGCUUUGUUUUAUCAGUGAAAGAUGUCAAUGAGGCUCCUGUUAACCUGACAUUGUCUAGUACAAAUGUGGAUGAAAACUCUCCCUUGGGUACUCCAGUGGGUAGCCUUUCCUCAGAGGAUCCAGACCAACCUGGAGGUGUCCACACCUACACCAUCAUGGGACCUGUUGGUGUACCAUUUGCUAUUGGAGGAGAUAAGAACAGAGUGCUCCUCGUAAAUGGUCCUUUGGAUCAUGAAACGAAUCCCAUUGUCUUGGUCAUUAUAAGGGCUACAGAUGGUGGAGGACUUUUUGUAGAGAAAACCUUCAAGAUAACCAUUAAUGAUGUCAAUGAUCCACCCAGCAACCUUUCUCUUGAAACUCCAUCAAUGAAAGAGAACAGCGCCGAAAGAGUGCUCAUUAGUUCCAUAAUACUGACAGACCAAGAUGGUGACUUUCCUACCUGUAGACUAUUGGAUGACGCUGGUGGGCGUGUCAGAGUUGUGGGCACAAAUCUGGUUGCAGGACCUACUAUGACAGAUUACGAAUCAGCUCAACUGUCAUCCACUAAAGACUUCAGUAUUAAAUUGAAUUGUUCUGAUGGUCAUGGAAUGUUCAUAGCGAAAACGUUUACUAUUAAAGUUAUGGAUGUGAAUGAGGCCCCAUCAGAUUUCACUUUGAGCGCCACCUCUGUAUAUGAGAAUGAACCCGAUACAUUGGUUGGUAGAGUUACAGUAGAUGACCCAGACAUUGGUCAGCGGCAUCGUUGUACAGUGCACGACCGUGUCGUGAAUGGAAAUUUUGAUUCUGGGAGGACAAGCAAGUUUUUCACUGUGGAUGCUUCAUUAAACCUCAAAACACUAAGUGGGCUGAAUUUCGAAGCUCACCACAGUUUGGAUAUUUGGAUUAACUGCAGUGACAUUGUGGCCGACAGUCUAUUUAGGACGCAGUUGUUUACUAUUUUUGUCAAAGAUGUGAAUGAGGCCCCAACAGGACUGUGCAGUGCACCCAUAAUCAUUAGUAUGAAGACAUCAAUUGGUGCUGUGAUUGCAAUGCUACAGGGAGAUGAUCCUGAUAACGAAAUUGCCAUCCAAAAUGACCCUUCAAACCAGAGUGUAAUCAUCAGGAAUAAACAACAACUGACAUACUCCUUGAGUCCUCAACAAAAUUCUUGGCCGUUUGGAAUAAAAACUGAUAGUCUUUUCAAGAGUGCCGAGAUAUCACAAGCCCAAAAUUUCACAAUAGGCGUAGAAGUAAAGGAUGAUGGCAUCAUUAUUUCAAGUUUCUCCCCCAUGGGAUACAAGUACAUCAAGACCGCUCCUUUAUCUGCUGUCUUGAAUUGUACCAUUGUUAUUUCAGAGUAUCAGCCGACAGAUGAAAUUUUACUUCAACCUAGUGAAGUGUCCAUCACAGCCAUCAGUGGUUCCUUGGUUGGCACCUUGACAACAAUGACCAAGAAUCCAGGGGAAACAUUUGUGUAUGAACUCGUAGAUGAGGCACAAUUACCUUUUAGUAUAAUCGGAGACAGGCUAGUGGUCGCUAAGAAGGAUGGUCUAGAUUUUUACGUGUCAAGCGCAGAGGAAGCUUUGAUUCCAAUUGCAAUCAUCAGUAAAGGCAACAUGUCUGCGCCAGUCAGGAAAUCCUUCUAUGUGAGAAUUAUAGAUGAUAGACCUCAUCCAGUGGACAUUUGUUUGAAUCCUCACACUGUUCAUGAAAAUCAACCAUUGGGCACUACUGUGGGUCAGUUACAUAUCGAAGAUUCAUCAUCACCGUUACUUUCUUGUGGUAAACAACGCUGCUGCAAUGAUUACAGCAGGAAUGUUGAUUAUGAAUGUAAAGUGGGCACUCCUGAGAACAACUUGGUCGUUCCCCAGCUUCAGAGGAACGUGAGCGCAUUGUUUAGACUCGAUGAUCGGAGUCGCCUUAUUACCAAGGUCCCAUUGCAAUACAGUGACUUCAAAGAGUCUAAUGGAACUGUGCAUGUUCACUUCAGCUGUUAUCAAGUCAGUAAACCACUUCACUUCAUAGGGAAAUCACUACAAGUUUUUAUCACAGAUUGUAACAGCAGUGGUGUCUGCCCAAACAUCAAAGAUUGUCCUUUAUGUUACAACGGUGGAAGCUGUCUUGACGUGAUUGACGGCUACAACUGCCAGUGCAUGUCCGGUUACACAGGUGUCCAUUGUGAGAAAAACAUAGAUGAAUGCCAAAGGAUCGAGUGUCAGAACGGAGGUACAUGUCAGGAUGGAAUAGCAUCGUUUACUUGCCAAUGUGCAGUGGGAUUUUCAGGGACAUUAUGUGAGCGGCAAGUAUCUCUUUGUGGCGAUUGUACGGGAGAUACAUUGUGCGUGACCUAUAUUUCAGCUUCCAUCCGGUGCUUAGGGACACAGUACCAGAUCCCAGUCCUUGUGAACGAAUCGGAAAUAUCUUCUCCGAGAAAGAUAGAACUGGAGAAAGAGAUUGUAACCAUAUUGGAAGCGAACAGAAAUGAUGCCAACAAAGUCUCCAACAGAAAACGACGAGCGCUUUCAAAUUAUUUCUACGUGGAGAUUCUUCGAACAAUAUCUCUAGGUACUCAACGACAGAGCCUUUUGAUCAUCGCAGCGCUAGAUGCAAGGAACGCAUUUUCCCCUCUACCGGCCUCCGAAGCUUGCAGAAUACUUGGCAACAGUGUGCGGCAGUGCGUGGAAAGCUGUGACGUACUCCAACUAGCCAGGCUGCCCUGCCAAGGAGGUCUUAACACCAAUAUAGGAAACCCCUCUGUGGACGUAUCUGCCAGUAGCUUGGGGUCAGGCGGAAUUGCUGGUAUUGCUGUGGUGGUCAUAAUUCUCCUUAUUGCUAUCCUUUUUGGUGCUGUCUUCUACUACAGAAGAAAAUACAAGAAGGCGAAGAACGAGCAUGACAGCGUCCGUUUCCAGUCAGGCACGGAAGACUUGGACUUCUCCGACCCAGUUUUUGGCGACAAUAGAAAUGCGCUGACGUCAGGACCAUCGAGAGAGGAAUGGGCUGAGAAGUUAAGGAAAGAACCCGAUGGAUCGGUACGGAACAAUUUGGAUCCCACUACUGUUGUCAAACGUAACGAUAUCCAGGUGACAAACAAUCCUCUCUACAGUAGUCCUGGCAAUGCUGCCGGAGCCGAGGCAUCCAAUCCAAUUUACACCAAGGUGGUUGAUACACCCAUAGAAGAUGAGAUAGCGGCGGCCAAAAAGAAGAAUAAAGAAGACCACACUUACGCGGAACCUAAGGAUGUUACCCUCGGGGGAACUUCAAAACACCAGUAUGAAAAGCCCCCUUCGAGGCGGGUAUCUCACACCAAGAACACCUACGCGGAUCCCAAAGAUGUAACCCCUAAGGGUUCAGUGAACCCCCGCUAUGAGAUGUCCCCUCCGCCGCGAGUGUCGCACACUAACAACACCUACAUGGAACUUCAAGAUAUUUCCCCUAUGGGGGCGUCGAAUCCGUGUUAUGCUAAGUCCCCACCGGUUCGAAAAUCUUUUGUGAACGACAUAGAUAAUCACCAAGAAGGCGAUGGCGCGCUUGGAAAAGUUGCAAACGCUUACUUGAAAGGUGCAAGGUCUAAAGUGCGAGCAUCGAACGCAUCUCAGACAAAGAAGCUUAGACGUCAAAGAACUGACGAGAAAGAAGCAACUGAUGAAGAAAGUGCCGUGCUUAAAAAGAACGAGGUACCACCGUCUUUUGAAAACCCGUUUUAUAGUGAUAAUCCGAUAAGGGAUCAAGACAAUUUCAACGAGGAUCCAACAUACGCGACUAUUCCUGCAUUGCAAGACAGCCGUCCGUGUUUGCCGCCAAGAACUCAACAAAGAUCCUACGAUACUCCAGCGGAGGAGAUAGUGGUUCAAGAGGACGACGUGUACGAGAAAGUAAACUUUGGAGACACGGAGGCGUAAGCAAAGUUUUUAAGCAAAUAGUUUCCAUUUUUUAUUCUGAUAGUUCAGUCGAGUUACUGCAUUUUUAUGUAUCACUGAAAGUGAGUUGUACAGGGACUACGUAAAACCAGGUAAAAGCGGUGUUUUAUCCCUAUUGGAAUAUGAUUCUCUUCAACAACUUCGUUUCUAGGGUCUCUACUAUCGCACUUGUCGCUUUUGGGGCGGAACGAACAGAGAGUCUGGGAAUGAAGUUGAAUUAGUCAUUGUUCCUUUGUGAUAACUUAAAUAAAUUGAUAUUUGAAUUAAUCUCUCAGAAAAAGCACGCAAAUCUUGGAUCUAGCCGAGAUUUAAGGUCAAAUUACGGUAAAUCUUUUAGACUUUGUAAUAUUCAUGAUGCUAUGCACCGCUGUACAGUUUUGCAUACGUUAGUGAGCAAGCAUUAUCAGCUCGUUCGUCAACUUCGCAUGGUAUUUAAUUUCGUACAUUGCAUGCGUGGGAAGUACAACACUUUUUAGUGUUCUUAAAACUUAUCACUAUUUCUUUGAGACCUUUUUUUACGUUUUGGUAAAAAAUUGUACGAUACGCGCCUGCGCUUAAAACCGGGCUGUAACUUCACAGAACUUUGCAUGCGAGUAUUUUUACAGAUCCAGAGGUGUUUCAUUCCUUUUUUUAAACAACCUCUCUACAAGUGUGUAAAAGCUUGCGCAACUACUUACUUUGCAGAAGUAUUGGUACAGAGUUAGGGUUUUUUAAGCUCUACCAGUAAUAAUAGCGAAGUAUACAUUUUUUAUUUGUGUUAGUUGUAAGUGUAGUGUUUUAGUAAAUUGAUAUGAAGUGCUUUAACCAUGUAAAUAUGCUGGUAUUAGAUUUUAUAGUAAAAUAUUUGUAACUGUAUGGCAGAGCCAUACGAGUUUUUUUAUUUCUUACUUGUCGGUCAAUAUUUCACUGGCUGGCAAAUCUAGUCGAGGAGAACGUUUCUGACGUCAGUAAGAGUAGAUGAACUUACCGCGAUAGAUGUAAUGAGUGGAAGUGUCAACGGCCAUCAUCAUAGUUUUGAAAUAGCUCAGAAUUUAAUGUACAAAUAAGUUUAUUGUAAAUUUGAUAAUUCAUAAAGCAUGGACUAGGUUUUUAAAAAUUAUUUAGGGCUACCUGUUGGCGUAAUAGUACUCAUAAAAAUUAUCAGUUGUUAAACCGACAGUAACUUAUCAGUCAACCAGAAAGUGUCCACAAUUAUUUUCCAU